UCAAGCGGCAGGAAGUUGGAGUCAUGAGCCGAUGCAGUUCUGGUUUUGAGUGUUUUCCAUUUUCUUUUAGUGCAUUUUAAAUGUGCCGGUUUCGUUUCUGUGUGCUCUGACGGAUGUGGCGAGGCGGGGCCGCUGUCUCUGCACUGACCGCUGUGUGUGCUUAUUACGCGACCUUUUACUACUCGCCGAGAGAAGCAGAAAACAGAAUGUCCUCCACUCUGUCCCGUCAUGUGAUCUGGGAGUCAGAGGGGCUGGUAGCCUACCUCCACCCUCGGCCCUGGACCCCAGGCUCUGUUAUCCUGGAGCACAGCACACCUGGCAGGGUUGGAGGCAGCAUCUUCCACCUGGAGAAGCAGGAGUACUUAUCCUGGCUGUUGGGGGCGAGAGCGGUAGCAGAGCUGCUAUGUGACAGGUUGGGUGUACGGAGGUGUGCGCUGGUCAGCAGGCCCCACAGAGACACACCGGCCCAGAUUCGUAUCCUCCCUCUACAUGGUCUAGAUGCAGAGUGGCGGCCUCACUUGGCAGGAGACGAGGAGCACAAUGCCCAGGACCCAGGGUACUGCACCUCCAAGACCGCUCCCCGAUGGAGUGACUCCAGCCUAACUGAAAUCCAAAGCAAGAUUCGAGCCAAGCUCCCAUCGCCAGACGCUCCGCCCAAUCUGACUUUCCUGGGGGACGAUCCAGCUCACCCUGGCCUGUUUUCACGCAUCGUUCGUGGGGAGGAGCAGCAGUGGCGGGUGUGGGAAGACGAAGGUCAUGUGGCCUUUCUCACUCCAUUCCCGAACUCACCUGGCUUUACUGUGCUGGUCCCACGCCGACCUUUGACCUCUGAUAUAUUCAGACUGGAAAAAGAGGACUAUGAGGGACUGGUGCUGGCAACCCUGAAGGCGUCGAGGCUUCUUGAAGGGGGUUUGGGGGCCUGGGGGGUGGGGCUUAUCUUUGAGGGUUUUGAGAUUGACUAUGCUCACGCCAAGUUGAUACCACUGUUCCUACCCUCAUCAUCAGGGACAGCAGAUGGUGGCACUAAACCACCACCACCUCCCCAGUUUUACCCCACUUAUCCUGGUUAUGUGACCUCAGAAGAUGGACCUGAAGCCAGCCCUGAGAGUCUGAAGGAACUACACAUGAAAAUUACACAGAUUUAAUACUGUUAGUUUGAUUCCUACUCAUGUGCUUAACUCCUAAUAGUUACUUUUAGCUGUGAGAAGAAUGAUUCGGUGCCUUAAUUAGGAUUUAGCAAGAAGUGUGUCAAGUAACAGAAACACCUUCAGAAUUAAAUGUCAUUCCACAAAGACUGUUUCACGUAGCCAUUGCAAUCAUUUUCACUGUCAGAAUCAGUAAUGUACCCCAUUUUGUCUUUUACAGGGUCGCUGCUUUGCACCAGCCCACUUUAUCUGUUGGAAUUAAGUUUGAAAAUUAACCAAAAAAUGAUUAAACAAACUGCCAUUGUGAAACACAGUAUUGUGACAUGAAUCUCCAGUCUGUCUUACAGUGACGACUACUGUUGCUGCUGUAUAACCUUUGAUUUUCUUGGUAAAUAAUAAAUUCAACUCUCCUAUUUG